AUGGCUACUUUUACUUCAUUUCCUCAGAACACUUCAUCUCAGUUCAGACAUUACAACCCUACGUUACUCAAGCGUACGCAAUCUAAGCCUAAGGCUAAGAAGACCGGGCAAGAUGGUUGUAGAGAUCAUGGAGAAGUAGCAACUCAAUCUUUAGGAUUGCCACUCCAAGGUAAUUCAUUUCUAGAAAGCGAAAGUAACCGUCCCGUCGUCCCUCAACAGAUAUUACAGGUACAGACAACGAGCCAUAUGGAAGAUGUUGAGGGUAUGGACUCAGAAAAGUGCGAUCUAUUUGGAGCAGACCAUAGAAUAGGCACCCAUGAGUUUGCAAUGGGUGAUAGUCACUAUCAGCUUUGCCGUAAUUUACGCGGUGAGGGCGUUAUAGACCACGCAAUAUUGGGUUUAGGCUUGAAUGAGUCGUUUGAUGGGUGCGACUUACAUUCGAUUACCGAAAGUGAAGUAACCAGCAAUCACCACAACGCUACAAAGUUUCAGUUCAACAACGGUUCCCCCAAGUCUCAGGACAAAAGCCAGUAUCUUACCACUGCCAACGGCAGGGACCACGCCAAAAAACAGCGCGGUGAUCUCCAUACAGCUGUAGAGUACGCUUUCUCUAUAGAGGAUUUUGAACGUACUUAUCGCAGACCAUCAGUGGAAGACGAAACGUUCUGCGGCAUCGCUAGUGUGGUAAAUGGAUCAUCAAACAGCCAAAAACGACCACAUCAAUCUUCGGUUGUUGAUGAAACAAUAACUAUCCUGGAAGCAGUGCCGAACGCUGUGUCGGAUCCAGAGCUUGAUAGUCGUCGUCCAUCGAAGCAGCGAAGAAUUGCUGAGCAAGAGGCACGGAGCCCCACAAUUGAACGUACAUAUAUGCCCAAGCCAACGCCCUUGCCGCAUCCUUACGACCAAGCUUCCCGUCUUGGUACUCGUAACAGCUCUAUUCUCAGUUCUUUAGGUGCUGGCCACGAAGAAUAUUGUACCACAAGUCUAGCCCUGCCUCCAACUGAUCUCUGCGGUGUAGAACAUCGUGACGGCACUUAUAUCCAAGGAUUGGUUGAAGAGCAACUACAAGCACGACAAUCUAUAGCCCUUUCCGAAGGAUUGGAGCCAGAAGAAGACAUCGGCCAAGAACCCUGUAGGAAAACUGGGGAAAUCGUUCAAAAGAAUCUCAGCCGCAAUGGGUCAUGUAUCAUCCCUUCAUCUAGAUCCCAACGACCUAGACGAAGGGCUUGGGCACCUGAGAUGGGACGUGGGAAUUCAAAUACUGCUCUCAGAUCACUGAACUACAAUACAGCACCUACGAAGCCACCACAACAAAGUUCGAUAUCGGAGCAGUUCAACAGCGAUAAAGGGUCUCAAAGUUAUCUCUCAGAACCGAAUUCCCUAGGCGCGACAGCCAAAGAUGGAAUUAACAUCGACUUUGAAUCGAGAUCUAGCAUGUCUUGUCAGAUCACCGACCUAACACUUUGCGCUAUUCCAAAUGACUCUUCGGUCGUAACAGCAAUAUUGCAUCUUCCCAACCCAAGUCAUUCUCUCAACCUAGUACCCCUAGGUCACAAGGUCAUUGGCGAACAAGGCAAAGUUAUCCGCAUGACUCAGUUAUCGCCGGAUUCAUGGUUGCUGCUGGGAUACCGGUAUAACAGCAGUUCUGCAGAUCUCCGUAACAGCGGGAGCUUGAAUGAGAAGCGAAUGAGCAGUCACGAAACGGACCACUCAAAUGAGGGCUGGGACAAAGACGAUGAGAAUGAAGAGGAAGAUAUAAAAGAAAACAGCCAACGAACGCACAAGCCGUGGGUAGAGUCAGAUGAGGUUCGUUUACUCUCAUUGAAGGACAAACAGGGUAUGGAGUGGGAAGAGAUAUAUAAACGCUUCCCUAGUCGAUCGCAUGGUGCAGUAAAACUGCGCUACUACACAUUGAAGAAACACUCCUAA